AAAAAAAAAAAAGAAAAGAAAAGAAAAGAAAGAAAACCAUACCGUUCAAUUCUGAAAUCUUUCAAAAAUGCCUCCUCCCACAACCCUCGCAAUCUUCGACUUCGACGGCACCCUCUUCGACACUCACGAAUCCAUCUCCCAAACCAUCAAACUCACCUUCGACGCCCUCCUCCCCACCCACGCUCCUCCGCAACCCGAAAUCCACCGUCUCAUCGCCAGUGGCGCCGGCCUUUCCGACACCUUCCGCGCCCUCCAUCCAAACCCGGACACAUUCACCCUCCAAGAAGAAACCCAAUGGAUCGAGAAAUACCGCGCCCUUUACGCAACCCACGGCCAACUCCUCAUCAAAGCCUUCCCCGGUGCCCAGGAACUCCUAACAGAGCUUAAGGCCCAUAAUGUGCCCAUCGCUAUUGUCAGUAAUAAGGGCGUGGCGGCGGUGAAGACGGCGCUGGAGCGGAACGGGCUGGGCGGAUAUGUGCCUGAGGAGCUGAUUAUCGGGGAUAAGACGCCUGGGGCGCAGCGGAAGCCGGAUCCGGCGAGUUUUGUGGAUGUGCUGGUCCCGGUUUUGGAGGGGAAGUUUGGAAUAAGGGUAGAGGCUGGUGAGGGCGUGUUGGUUGUGGGAGAUACGGUGGCGGAUAUUCAGUUUGCGAGGAAUAUUGGGGGGAGGUCUUGUUGGUGUCGAUAUGGGUAUGGAGAUAGAGGGGCUUGUGAGGGGUUGAAGCCGGAUUAUGUGGUGGAUUCUUUGGGGGAUGUUGUUGGCAUUGUUAAGGGGUGAUUUCUUCUUGGUUUUUGUUUUCUGAUUGUUGAUGUUGAUGUUUUUAUUUAUUGUGGACUCGGCAUGCAUUGGUCUGGCUGGAAGGAUAUUGGGGAAAAAAAAAAAAAAAUCCAUUACCCCGCUGGAAUAUAUGUGGCAUUUUGUAUAGAACAU